AUGACAGUUCUUUUAUCCGAUCUCCAGGCCGGACGUUCCUCCUCCACCGUCCAAGUCCGUCUGCUCCGAUUCUGGGAAGCCAGGAACUUCCGCCGUGGUGGAGAGCUUAUGGGUGUGGACAUGCUCCUCUUGGAUUCCCAGGCUGUUGACAUCCAUAAGCAGCUGGAGAGUAUGGUUGUUGAUCCCAGAGUUAUCGUUGCAACCAGUGUGAAUCCAAAAAUGGUUGGAGGUCGGCUCUUCUUAAACGCCACGUCUGGGACACAUAUCUAUUUCGACAAGGAAACGAGUGCAGGGGAACAGUUGUUCUACAGGUUGGGGGAACAAGAAACCGGCCUCAAACCAGUGACCACGCUGCUUAAGAGUUACUCUAAGGUGGAAAAGAUCAGUAUAUCUGAGUUAAAUGAUUUUGUCUUGACCGCUGCAUCACAGGAGGCUGAUUUUAUCUGUGCCGGUACCGUCACUGGAGUCAAGUUCGACAAGGGUUGGUGCUAUGUCUCCUGUUCGAAAUGUUUCAAGAAAUUACAGCGGUCUGAUUCGUCAUUGACAUGUUUGCCUUGCAACAACACCAAUGCAGUUGGCGUCCUCCGGUACCGCGUGGAGAUGACAAUUGCAGACAACACUGGAGAAGGGCUGUUUGUUGGAUUCGAUGGGGUCGGUGGGGGUGACAUAACGGAGGAGUCUGAAUUCCCUCAGUUUGUCAAAGAUAUGGUGGGAAAGUCGUUCACCUUUCAAGUGAAAAGUGCUGAUGGUGGCAAGGACAAUGCGGGUGACGGUACUGGCUGUGUGAGCAGUGAGAUGGAAGUUGGUGGAGGUAGCAAAAGUGGAGGAUCUGCUACUGUGAGUGGGCCGGUGAAGAAGGCAAGAACGGUGUAG